AAAACUGCACAACAACAAAGACGCCAUUUUCUUAACUGUUGUCAAAAUCAAAUUAUCGCCUACAUCUCCUGAAAUUUAAAAGGAACAAGUCCAAGAAACUAUUUUUGGUUAACAUUUUUUAUGAAAGUAAGUGAAAUUCCGUUACGGUCGUUAACAAUUUUCGUUUACGAAUUGCGUCAAACCUAUGAGUCAUAAUGCGAAGCUGGUGACAUUUGCGUUCCAUAUUUAAAAAAAAAUCACCUGUAAUGUUUUGUAUUGUAUUGAUUAGGUGAAUACUUAUAAGAAUCAAAGUAAUGGCUUUAUUAGAGCACCCCAAAUUCAACAGUUUAGAAGAUGAAAUGGUGUACUGGAAGGAUCUCGCACAGCAAGCUGUUCAAGAUAAAGACAGCGUACAACGAGAGUACGAAGACUACGUCAACGAUUCGCAGCAAUUAGAAAAAGAAUUCGAGAUCACAAUAGAACAACAAGAACGAACGAUAAAGGAAUUAAAAUCGAUGAAUAACAUAUUACAAACUAAGGUAGAUAACUCACAAUUAAAAAUGGAACAGACAAAUAGGGAAAAUUCCUCGUUGAGGUCCGACAUUGAUAUCUUUAAAGAAGAAAAAGAGGUUUUAAGUAAAUAUAUUCGAGAGCUAGAGCAAAAGAAUGACGACCUUGAGCGGGCACAGAGGGUUGUCGCAGAAACAGUGGGCGCUAUCGAAAUGUCACUCAACAGUGCAUUGGAACGAAAUGCGAUAUUAGAAUCGGAAGUAGACGAAAAAGAAUGCCUUAAAGAGAAACUGCAAAGACUGGCCGAUGAAACUAGAGACUUGAAGCAAGAACUGCACGUGCGAGAAAAGGAAAAAUGCCCCGAUAACGAUCGUUUAAUAAAUGGCCACGCCGUCUCGCUCAAUCUGGAUUCCAAUCGUCUUAAAGCGCAAGUCGAACCUCACUCCCCACUCAAACCCGAUUCUAAUGUAAAUUUAAAAAAUAUCGAUAUAAACACAAUUACUGCGCCGUUAUCGCCCGCUUCGAGGCUGUUGGCUGUGAAUAUUGUAGGAGAAAUUAUUCGAAAAGUCGGGCUGUCACGAUUCCUAUGUGAUCAGUGUGGCCGAAUGAAAUGUACCGAAUGUUCAGCCGUCAAAGCUACCGAUACGCGAAUUAUAAAUAAUCAAGAAAGAGCUUGGAAACCAAAUUAGGACGCUGCCGCAAUUGUGGAUAUAAUAAUUAUAAACCAGAUAAUAUGAGAACCCGUCACAGUACUAGAGGUUCGUCCCCAUCCAUCCAAGGAUUUACAAAGUAGAUUAAAAUCACUAAUUUACUCACUAACUUAGAAGCUAUCCACGAUAUUUAUAAAUAUCGCUGAAGUGGAGCAUUUUGUUUCUAAUUUUUCUCCACCACUUGCCGAAUGAAGAAAUAGUAGCGAUUUUUUUAUUGAUUUUUUAUUCCAAUUAGGUGGAUUGAUCAAAUUCUUACCUAUUUUUUUAUUGUAACGCUUUGUGAUAUAUUAUUUAUUGUUAUAUCAGUGACAGUUGCUCAUAAUACUUCCGUAAUUAUUCCUUAUUAUAUUUACCAAAUAUAUUAAUGAGAAUAAUAAUCCAACAAGGCUGGUUUUAUUUUAUACUUGGCGUUAAAGCGAUGAAUAUUUGUGUAUGUAUUGACAGUGUUUCUCUAUUUAGAAAUAAAAAUGUUACAUAUGUACGGCGUUAGGAGAUGCUAAAGGAGAUUUAUUUUUCGUAUCCUUUGAAUAGAUUUAUUUAAUUUAUUGUUAGUCGUUUAAUGUAGGUAACCUAAUUUGCUGUCGGAAUAGCUUAAAUAAAUGGGAUGUUAAUUUUUUA